AUGGUUCUCUGGUUACUAUUCGCGCUUCCAGCUCCCACAUUCGCUGGUGUCGAGAAAAUCCAUGGCGUUGCCCCGUCACUGCUCUCGCGCUACGUCGCGCCCGCAUCCGAUUCAGCACCUUGGUCAUGUCUAGACGGUUCGAAGACCAUCACAUGGGCUGCUGUGAAUGACGACUACUGCGACUGCCCCGAUGGGAGCGAUGAGCCUGGCACUGGUGCAUGUCCAAACUCUAUGUUCUAUUGCAAGAAUGAAGGCCACAUUGGCAGUCUGAUACCUAGCACACGCGUCAAUGAUGGACUCUGCGAGCCCGAAUGCUGCGAUGGCUCGGACGAGCGUCUUGGCGUGUGCCCUAAUGUCUGCCACGAGGUCGGCGCUGUAUACCGAGAGCAACAAACAGCAGAACGCAAGAUGCGUAGCACAGGCUCGAAGAUUCGCCGUCUGUACAUCGCUUCCGCUCAGAAAGAGAAGCAGAAGCUAGAGAGCCAAAUUACCGCCGCUGAGGCAGAGAUAGCUGAUUUGGAAAAUGAUGUCGCUCGCAUGAAAGACCUUAUCGACCGGACGGAGUCCCUUUCUGCAGCUGCGCUAGAGCACAAGAAACAAUCUCCGCUGUAUGUUUCCUUCAUGGAACACACCGAAGCGCUGAAAUCGCUUCAGCGAGAAUACAAGAAGCGCCUCGCCCGUGAGAAGGCUCUGGGAGACAUCUUGGAUGCACUUCGACGCGGAUACAAUCCUAACUACCAAGACAUGGCUGUCCUAGAGGCUGUCCGUGGUUGGGAGGCGUUGGCAAGACUACCGCACAUUAACGACGUUGCCAAAGAUGACGGUGAGGGUGAACAGCAAGUAAUUACUGGAGAUGAAGAAUACGAAGAGGAGGAGUGGACGGCAGAAGAGCUAGAAAAGGAGCUUGACAGUCUGCUCAACAGUGAUUACGAGGCACUACUACUGGAGCAUGAGAAGCAUAUCGGUGCCCCGACCCCUUCGAGCUCGCUAUUGCUUGAUCUGACUGCUUAUAUUCCGGAUUCUCUCCUUCCUCACUACCAAGCAUUCACGGAUACUCUCAUGGCUUGGCUCGAAGCGCUCGGCAUAGCCCAAGGACCGGCUUCCGCGGACUCGCCAGAUACAUCGAAAGCCCGCCAGGCAUACACUAAUGCCGAAAACAGUCUGAAUGCAAAGAAACAAGAGCUGCAGAGGACGCAAGAGGAGCUUACACGCAUGUUCGACCCCGAGUGGUUCGGAUCCGAAGGGGAAUGGAAGAGAUUGCAAGGCGUGUGUUUGUCGAAGGACACGGGAGACUACACUUACGAAGUCUGCUUAUUUGAUGAGGCGAGACAGAAGCCGAAUAAGGGCGGUUCUAUUCAAAGCCUGGGGAAAUUUGCCUCGUGGAAUGCGGGAGGUGGGGCUGCUGUUGGCUCGCCGGAGUAUUAUAGCAAACAGCAUUAUACCCGCGGAACGAAGUGCUGGAACGGGCCCAUGCGGAGCGUCACGGUCAUACUGACUUGUGGCCUGGAAAACGAGCUGCUAUCCAUUGCAGAGCCGGAAAAGUGUGAGUAUCAGUUCAAGGGAACCACUCCGGCCCUCUGCUUGCCGCCGGAUGCACAGGAGGAUAAGCACGAUGAGUUGUAG